AUGCAUGAUAGAGUUGGGUGUCUUAGUUAAUUAUUUAAAAUCUUAAAUACAACAAACGUGUUCAUAUUGGUAUUUGUAUUUUAAUAUUGUCCCUUAAAGAUUCACAGACAAUAUUAUUAUUACAUCGCGCAGCUCGUGGUACAACUUUGUUAAUUUUAUUUGAACUUUAAUGUGGGAAAAUAAAGAGAGUAAACAUGUUUAGUAUAAUAUAAAGACAUUGGAGUUGAGUUUAGCAGCAGAGUACUCUGUCUCUUAAAAUCUAUUUUUGUAGAAGUUAACUUUAAUUUAUACUGGUUCCCAUGGAAUCUGCAAAAGAAGAAGUUGAUACUAAGAUAAAAGUUAUGUUCUUACCAUUCGCAUCAACAAGCCACAUCAUACCAAUGGUAGACAUAGCCAGACUCUUCGCUAUGCACGGAGUCGAUGUUACCAUAAUAGCCACCCCAGUAGCCGCCUCAUUGUUCCAGAGCUCUGUCGGCCGCGACUCCUCACUCGGCCGUUCAAUCAGAACUCACGUCGUUAAGUUCCCGGCGGCAGAAGUCGGUCUUCCGGUUGGUGUAGAAACAUUCAACGCUGAUACGGCACCGGACAUGCUUCCCAAAAUUGCAAAGGGACUGAAUCUGCUGGAAAAGGAGAUUGAGAAGUUGUUUGAGGAACUGGAGGCAGAUUGCAUUGUCACUGACAUGUUCUACCCUUGGACUGUAGAUGCUGCAGCCAGGUUGGGGAUUCCUAGGUUGAUCUUACUUGCUGGAAGCUGCUUCGCUCAUUCGGCACAACACUCAGUCAAGACUUAUGCUCCUCAUAAGGACAUAAAAUCCGACAGCACUGAUGACAAGUUUUCAUUGCCUGGUUUGCCGCACCACCUGGAGAUGACGCCUUUGCAGCUUCCGGAUUGGCUUAGAGAACCCAACGGCUACACCUAUUUGAUGGAGAUGAUUAGGGACUCUGAGAGAAGAAGCUACGGAUCCGUGUUUGAUAGCUUCUACGAGCUCGAAGGUGAGUACCUGGAUCAUUACAAGAAAGCCAUGGGAACCAAGAGUUGGAGCUUGGGACCUGUUUCCAUGUGGACGAACCAAGAUGCUGCUGAUAAAGCCAGAAGAGGACAAGCCAAACUUGAACAAAAAGGAAAAGAAGAAGAAGAAGAUUCUGGGUGUCUUAAAUGGCUUCAUUCCAAGCCUGAGAAUUCUGUUCUGUAUGUGAGCUUUGGGAGUAUGAGCAAGUUCCCUUCUUCGCAGCUUGUUGAGAUAGCUCAAGCUCUUGAAGAUUCUGGGCACGAUUUCAUGUGGGUUGUUAAGAAAAAAGAUGGUGAAGAUGGUAGUUUUCUUGAGGAAUUUGAGAAGAGAGUGAAGGCAAGCAAUAAAGGUUACUUGAUAAGGGGUUGGGCACCACAGUUGCUGAUACUGGAGAAUCCAGCCAUUGGAGGAAUUGUAACUCACUGUGGCUGGAACACAGUGAUGGAAAGCGUGAACGCGGGUUUGGCCAUGGCCACAUGGCCUAUGUUUGCUGAACAGUUUUUCAAUGAGAAGCUUUUGGUUGAUGUGUUGAAGAUUGGGGUGGCGGUUGGAGCGAAAGAAUGGGGAAAGUGGCAGGAGUUUGGUGAAGAGGUUGUGAAGAAGGAUAAGAUUGCAAAGGCCAUAGCUUUGUUGAUGGGUAAUGGAGAUGAGAGUGUUGAAAUGAGGAGAAGAGCAAAAGAGCUUAGUGAUUCUGCUAAAAGAGCAAUACAGGUUGGUGGCUCUUCUCACACCAAUCUUCUUCAAUUAAUUCAGGAGCUUAAGUCUCUGAAACUUGAUGGGGUUAAUGGAAAGUGAAAUGGCAGUGUCAUGAAUCACUCAAAUAACAGUCUUUUUUAGUUUUAUUUUACUUUUGAAUUAGUUACAGAUUUUUAAUAAGAACCCUUUUAAAUGCAUGUUAAAUGCAUGUUUCAGGGGGUUUUAUUUAUUGAAUUUAGAUCCUCUAAAUUUUGAAUUUUUUUAUAGAAGAUAAAAUGUGAUUUCUCACCUUUAAAUGAUUUUUCUCUCAUAUUUUCUCUUGAUUCCACUUAUAAAAUAAAUAGUGAGAGAUCAUACUUUGCACUCUAAAAUAAAAUUCAAAAUUUAGAGAAUCUAAAUUUUUAUUUAUUGUUUAAAACUUCUGGCACAACAAUUGGUCUGUCUGUAAUCUGAAUUUAUGCUUUUGAUUCAACUUGCAGAAAAUAAAAUGCAGUUUUUUUCCUCAA